AAAAUCGGGAGCCGUGCUGGCGCCGGAAACCCCCCUCUCUCUUCUCGGGCAGACGGGCAUCGCUUCGCCUUCUCCGCACAGCAGCAGCAGCCGCUUCGGGAUCGGGACGCGGAAGGGGAAAGGGGAGGGCGCGAGCGAAGGGCAGGCGAGUCGUCCGUCCACGGCAGCUUCCUUCCCUCCCCGCCGCCCCCGCGUACCCUAGGGCUGCCCAUCUACCCCCACCGGCGCACGAUGAGCUCCACCUCCUCCCCCGCCACCGCUGCCACCGCGUCACCGCCCCCCGCCGCCGACGAGGGGCGGGCGGCGGAGGUGGUGGUGGUGGACGAGAGGGUUGCCUCUCACGUGGACUCGUUCCUCGUCGAGGCGCUCGACAACCCUCGCCACCGCCUCAUGGUUUUGCGGAUGGAACUGGAUAUACAGAAAUUUAUGCAGAACCCUCAGCUGCAAGAAUUUGAAUUCCAGAACUUUCCAACUUCUUACCUCCGCUGUGCUGCUCAUCGUGUUGCACAACAUUAUGGUUUAGAGACUCUAGUAACAGAUAGUUUAGUAGAUGGUUCAAUCAGCAGGAUAGUUGCAAGAAAAACACCAGAAAGCAGAUAUCCAGCAAUUGCUUUAUCAGAAGUUCCCAGCAAACAAGCAAGAAAUGACCAUGAGGCAGCAGAAAAGCUCAAAUUUGUCAUAUAUCAAAGGCCCAAAGCAUCCCAAAAUGGCGCAGCUGAUGCUGGAAACAAGAACGGUGCAUUGAAAACUGUUGAAGAGAGGAUAGAUGAAUAUAAUAAAGCACGGGCACGCAUCUUCCAUGGUUAUAUUUCUGCAGACGCUUAUGCUACAAGCGAUCUGGUAACUCCUUCCACUGGCAGAGACGAGCCAGUGAAUGUUGAGCCUUCUGUUGAUGAGAACAAAGUCAGCAUAAUGAACAACCGUUCCAGAGUUGCUGUUUUUAAGGAUGCUGCAAAAGAUCGUAGUGACCCGGACUACGAUAGAAAUUACAAAAGGUAUGUUAGGAGCCCAGUGCCUGACUUCAACUUGAGCCCAGGUGCCUUCAAUUUUGCUGUGCCUCAGUUUAUGCAAUAUGGUGUUGGUUAUAUGCAUUCUGCUGGCAUGUCAACAAACCAACCUGCUGUGUACUUUGGUCAACCUGAUCUAUCUAUGGGGUCAACUUCUGGAGCUGCUGUUUACCCACAUUGGCCAACCCCAGCAAUGAUGUAUCCCCAUUGCUAUGACAAUGUUGGCCCUAUGAUUUCUCAGGUACCGCUGUACCAGUCCUUCAACCAUGGUUAGGAGAUUCUACUUGCUGGAAAGUCUGGAACAACUCUUUGUUGAACUUGCUAUAUUGUGUUGUAUUUCGGAGUCAAGCCUUUUCUAUUACAAAAUUUCGUGUAGUUGUUUAAGGAGUCCUAAUUCGUUGAAACUAUUAUUGUGAACUAGUCUGAAACUGUGGUGCUUAUCCAAAGUCUAGUUUCAAGGGUUCCUAAAACAGUGCUGAGCCGGUAACCGUUAGCUGGUGGUAUUAUCACUGAUGGGUUGCCAUAUGCCAGCAGUAAUUGGUUUCUUACCGGUCAAACACUGUUGCACGGAAUACCUUGGUUUAGAAAGCAGGCACGGGAAACUGGUAGACUAAUGAAGUGCGUUGUUGGUUUAUAGUGGCGAUCGGUAUUGGAUCAUUAGCUCCCUGACCCCAAAUAGAACAUAUUUAGUGAUGGAAUGGAAUGUGUAGACCUGA